CAUGGAGACUUCGCAACAAUGACUUUCUUAGCGCCCACGCAGAUUAACUACGCUUUUUGGAACGACAUUCGCGUCAUUGCGAUUCAUCGCGCAUUGGACUGCAUGCAAAUACGGAAAAUAUGUCGGUAAGAGGCCAAGUUCGGGGUCGCGGUAACCGCGGUCGUGGAGCAGGACGUGGCCGCCGUUCGAUGCCCGGAACGAUGAUUUGGGAAUGGGAAAACUACUCCCCUGGUCCUGAAGUCUAUGACUCUCUUUUCCACGUCCGCGAAGCUCCACCGACGAUCACCCCGACUCUUCCCGCCGCCUGUCCUUUACCAAUCCCACAAGCUCAAACACGCAUUUUGGAUCGGAGGGAAACAGACGAUGAAGUCAAGAGAUGGUAUUAUGUGGUGUCGAUGCGUGCGCCUCCCAGCCAACCAGGGCAGGUAGAAUGGCGAGAGAAGACAAAGCAUGUGGACAUCAGUCGCAUCCUGAAAUAUGUGUCGCCUCGUGAGCUUGAGAGGUUCGAGAAUGAGAGAUUCCGCGAGGAGGCUGAAGUUGAAGCCAUUGUGAAACGGGCCGAGGAAGAGGAAAGGGCGAAACGCAGACUGCAGAGGAAUGAAAGGCCAGCGGCAAUUGCAGUUGCGGUGCCUGGUGUAUAUGGGCGUGGGCGUGGGCGUGGGCGGGGAAGAGGAAGAGGACGAGGACGAGGAAGAGUAAGGGCGGGACCAGGCCGUGUGGCCGUCGUCGUACCGCGCUAUCGCCCGCCGUCCGAAGAGGAAGAAGAGUAUGCGUCUGUCGAUGGGAUGACCAAGGCAGCCUUCUCCAACGCCUUACAGCGGACCGCUAUCGACGAGCCGGGUAUUGAACAAGAGCAAAGCGAAACCGAAGAACAAGACGAGGGACAAGAAGUGGUAGGCAACAGGCUCAUCCACGCUACGUCUCCUGUCAUGCGCUCUUCCUUUGUUUCCAACAGCGCUCUCCCUUUAUCACCGUCCACACAGCGAGGAUUUGACACCGAGGUCAUACCAGAGACGGAAGAGUCAGAAGAGGAGUCACCACUCAUGCGCUCAUCGUUCGUCGCGAAUAGCGCCCUUCCCAUAGGUCCUUCUAUGCAGCGCGCGCAUCACACUGGGCCGACAACUCACGCUGAGACUUCUGACGACGACGUCGAAGUAGAUGAGAGUGCCGCUGUGUCUCAGCAGCUCCUUUCUGAACGUUUAGCCCGCACUAGAGCGAGAGAUACGUCAAAGGAAGAUUCUUAUGAAUAUCACGAGCGGCAGCCAAAACGUCGCCGAACUGAGAGUGUAGUGUCGCUACGCAGUUCCCCCAGUUCUGACACUAGUGUCUUCAAUCACAGAACAACUGCACUACCAAGUGCACAUCAUGCGGUAGCAGAGUUGCCAGCAGAUGCUCCAGUCACUGCCUCUCCGGUUAAUGGCACUUCCUUGCGAAGCAAAACAGCGGAUACUGGUAGCACAAAACCCGACGAGGGAGGUGGCGAGGAGGAUGACGAAGAGUACGCCGUUGAGGCCAUUCUCUCUCACACAUAUCAAGACGGCGUUAAAUUCUACCUCGUGAAGUGGGAAGGAUAUGAUGAGGCUUCGGACUGGUUGCCGGAGGAGGACCUGGGAGGUGCGGCAGAGAUGGUAGCGGAGUAUAAUGAGAAGGUGAGGAGAAGGAAAGGCAAGAAAGCCGCCGGAUGAUUUGGUUAGGAUACGACAGCAGGCAUGGAGAGCAAAGUUCUAUUAACGUUUUUGCAGCCAUUUUGAUGAUACCCCUAAUAUCC